UGCACGUGCACUGAGAAUUGUAAGCAGGCUACACAAUGUACCCUACAUUUGCUGAGCGUCUAAAGACUUUUGAGAAUGGUAACUGGCCCAUCGACUUUUUGAAGCCUGAAGACGUAGCAGAGAUGGGCUUCUAUAGACCAAAUCACAACAGUAACGAUGAUACUGUAAAAUCACAACCAGCAUGGCCUCAGUAUUGCUGUCAACAAGUACGUCAACAAUCCUUCCAUGAUUGGCCCUCGUAUAUCCCAGUAAAGGCUGAAGAACUGGCUGAAGCAGGUUUCUUCUACUCUGGUACUGCUGAUCACACGACCUGCUUCUACUGUGGUGGCACACUGCAUGAUUGGGUUGAUGGUGAUGAUCCAUGGAGUGAACACUAUCGCUGGUUCCCUCGUUGCAUGUAUUUAUGGUUGCAAAAUAAAUCUGAUCUGGCAGAUGAUGAAGUAGAUUUAAGUAAAAGUGUAAAAUAA